UCCAAUCCUCACCCGCAAUUGAGAAAGUACACGGGUUAUGCUCGGCAGUAUGUCCAUCCAAGGCCAUCCACGGAAGCUGCUCAAAUUCCUCAAGAUUUUUACCUGGAGCUCUGGAAACAGAGCCAAUGGUUAAAUGGCCCACCAGGCAGCUGGGAUCUCUUAUUUAUCUAACAGAGGCCCAAGCAAGGUCAGAAGGGAGAGAGGAAGCAACCAAAAAAGAUGCUGAGGAUUUCAAUUUCAUUAGCUUCCACAGAUUGCCAAAGAGCAAUAAACAUUUCAGGAUGCUGAUUUUGAAAAUUUUCUUGGAUCAUUAAAUGACCAAGGUUACUUCUUGCAAAAAGGCCCAAAGGUUUACCACCUUCAAACUGGUAAAUUUUGCUGAAGGACUACCUGGGACCUCCUGGGAUUAUUAAAGAAUAUGGAAAACACAGCCCCCAAACUUCUGGAAGACGAUAUCCCAAAGUAGUAAUAGGAAAGGUGUUGAUUAUAUAUUAUUUUAGUGAUUCUUGUUUGAAACAUUUCUGGUUCUCUGAUGUUUGUUCUUCCAGAUUUAAGAACAUUUUUUCUAAGCUAUCUAUGACUUUCAGAAAUUUGGUAAAAUAUUCCUUUGUAAACACAUAUAAAGCAUUUAUCUUUCAUCCCUACUCCAUCCCUCCAAGAUUCAGAAACUCUCAGUGAGUAUUCUUAUGUUGGGGGCCGGGACACAGACAAGGACAGGAGUGGGGAGAGGAAAUUGACAUGUAUUCUGGGCAGGGUUUGAGGUUUUUGAACUUUUUCUACAAGGAACAGAGUGCAUGCUGCUACAUUUCCUAAUCGUGAACUGAAGUGAACUGGUCACCAUGCGGCUGCUCCUGGCUCUUGCUGUCCUGCUUUUGGAUUCUUCAGUUCACGGUUGUCCUGUGCGGAGAGCCAGGUACCAGUGGGUUUGCUGCAGUCCUGACGGUAAUUCUGCAAACCGCAUGGAUGAGAAGGGGCCAACAUUCAACCUACUUCUCGGUGAAUCCAACAGAAUCCUUCCUCCAAGGACUGACCCUGCUUCAAUGACAAGAUCCCAGAACUUGAAUGAUGUUUUCCCUCUUUCUGAGGACUAUUUUGGAUCUGGCUCUGGCUCUGGCUUCGGAUCAGGAUCUGGAAGUGGCUUCUUAACUGAAACUGAACAGGAAUACCAAGCAGUAGAUGAAAACAAUGUUUUUUAUUACAACUUUAGGCCUCUCAAGAGAAAUCUGCCAUCAGACAACCAGGACUGGGGCCAAGAUGGUCUGUCAGAGAGAGAGGGAACACAAGCACAGUGGGGGGGCGGCAGGCAGAGGGAGAAGCAGGCUUCCCGCUGAGCAAGGAGCCCGACAUGGGACUUGAUCCCAGGACCUUGGGAUCAUGACCUGAGCCAAAGGCAGACGCUCAACCAACUGAGCCACCCAGGCGCCCCUAUACUGUUUUUUUUUUUUUUUUUUAAAUUCAGUUCAAGAAGCAAGUUGACAGGAAUACUUCAUAUCUAAGUCUUCAGAACUGACUCUGUGAAUUACAGAUAUGCCUCUUUUCUUAUGAAAAACCCGGAUGAAACAGUGAAUUUAUGGAGUGGGUAUUUGACAAGACCAGUGUAAUGGUAUUGCUCUAAUGUUACCAUCAGAUGUGUUUGCAGAACUGGUGGACAUUGUUGAGAAGUGUGAUUGCUGUUACAAUUAGAAACUGAAGACCCAAAUUAAAGCAAAAUUGUGCUCUCAGUACUUCCUACUGCUUUGCUUCUUCCCCCAAUAUCUGUGUAUUUUAAAAUCUUACUGUAUUAAAGCAGAACUAUAAUAAUAAGAAAAAGACACAAUUGGAAACAUCAUACAACCAAGCCACUGGAAUGUCGUAUUUGAGAGACAAGCACAGACUCAGAUACGACCAGACAGUUUUUAGGAACUAAGGUUGACUUGGGGCGCCUGAGUGGCUCAGUCGGUUAAGCGGCUGCCUUCAGCU